CUCCCUCUCGUGCCUCUGGGUCGGGGGCUUGCCGUACACGGUUUGUGGCAGCCCCGCACGUUCGAUUGUGCGCGCACGACCUACGGUAGUACUGAGAUUCUUAUGAUAAGUACGUCCCCCGACCUCUGCUCUUUCCUCCUUCACCUCCCCCCUCUCUCUCUCCUGUGCAUCGCCCGAGCUCUCUCACUUCACCUCCGCUCCUGCGCUCCUCCGCCCUUCCACCCCUCCCACCCCUCCAACCCCUCCACCCCUCCCCCCUCCGCCCGCCAUGGCCGACUCCAAGACCCUCCCCGACCAUAUCUCCCCCAACCUCUCGCCCGUCGACACCCCUCCAGAUGGCCACCCACCCCAGGGAAACAAGGCCAUGGACGAGCUCUUGCUCAAUGCCAAGUCCGCCGCCGACAAGGAGCAGAAGAUGACCCUGUGGCAGGGCAUCAAGCUGUAUCCCAAGGCCGUCGCCUGGAGCGUCCUCAUCUCGACGUGUAUCUGCAUGGAGGGCUACGAUAUCUGUCUGCUCAGCAACUUCUACGGCUUCCCGCAGUUCAACAAGAAGUACGGCCAUGAGCUCCCCAACGGUAACUACCAGGUUUCCGCCUCGUGGCAGUCGGGGCUCAGCAAUGGUGCCAAUGUCGGCGAGAUCAUCGGGCUGUUCAUCAAUGGUUGGGUCUCGGAGCGCAUUGGAUACCGCUACACGGUCAUGGGCUGCCUCACCCUGAUCGCCGCCUUCACGGCCAUCUUCUUCACGGCGCAGUCGGUCGUCGCGCUCCAGGUCGCAGAGAUCCUGUGUGGUAUUCCAUGGGGUGUUUUCCAGACUCUCACCAUCACCUACGCGUCCGAGGUGUGCCCUGUAGCAUUGCGCGGCUAUCUUACCACCUAUGUCAACUUUUGCUGGGGGCUCGGCCAAGUCAUCGGGAGUGGGGUGAUCAGGUCUAUGCUGGGAAGGACUGAUGAAUGGGCUUACAGGAUCCCAUAUGCUCUGCAGUGGAUGUGGCCUGCCCCUCUCCUGGUUGGCAUCUUCCUGGCACCGGAAUCUCCGUGGUGGCUCGUCCGAAAAGGGAGGAUUGCGGAGGCCAAGAAGUCUCUCCUUCGCCUGACUAGCUUGAACAGGGAAACCGAUUUCGAUGCGGACGAGACGAUUUCGAUGAUGGUGCACACGACCGCACUGGAAGAGAAGAUCACCAAAGGAGCUUCGUACUUGGACUGCUUCAGAGGGACCGAUCUUCGCCGGACCGAAAUCGUCUGCAUGGCUUGGGCCAUGCAGAAUCUGAGCGGGAACUCCUUCUCUGGCUACUCGACAUAUUUCCUGGAGCAGGCAGGUCUGAAUGCAACACAGGCCCUUGAUUUCACCAUCGGCCAGUACGGUAUUAACAUGGCUGGAGUCUUCGUUGCAUGGUUCCUCAUGAGUCGCGGCCUUGGGCGGAGAACGCUCUACCUAGGCGGCUUGUGCGGUCUCUGCGCCAUGCUCUUCGUCCUCGGGUUCCUCGGUCUCGUUCCGGACGCCCACAGGAGGGAGGCAUCGCUCGCCACGGGUAGCAUCAUGUUGGUCUGGGCCUUGAUCUACCAAGCCACGGUCGGGACCGUCUGCUACUCCCUCGUCUCGGAGCUCUCGACCCGAAGGCUGCAGAUCAAGACCGUCGUGCUAGGUCGGAACAUGUACAACAUCGUCGGCAUCGUCUGCAGCGUCCUCACGCCUUAUAUGCUCAACCCAACGGCGUGGAACUGGGGCAACUACGCGGGAUUCUUCUGGGGCGGCAUCUGCUUCUGCUGCAUCGUCUACACGUACUUCCGCGUGCCUGAGCCCCGGGGGCGCUCUUUCGCCGAGCUGGACAUGCUAUUCGAGCGCGGUGUCAGCGCGAGGAAGUUCGCCACGACGCACAUCGACGUCUUCGAAGCGGAGGUCGACACCAGCCUCGCCGAGCAUUACGAGGGGAAGCUCGAGGCAACGCAUUCCGAGAAGCCGGCCAGCAUGGCAUGAGAUCUGAUCGCUCAGGAGAGGUGAUGAUCUGACGGACGAAUAGAGGUCGGCACACUGACUGCCUCACAUACAUACAUACAUAAAUUCUGGCAUCUUGCCAUCCACCCAGCCAGCCACGGCUAGCACAGGUAGGUUUGAAGCCUUCCGGAGCCGCUCUUGGCUGCCGGGGUGGAAGAAGAGGAGGGAUUGACUCGAACGACGAGCAGGGGCUGAGUAGCCGCCGGGGACGAGGAGCAUGCCGGGGGGGUUCUAAUGAGUGAUAGUAAUGCCACCUGUGGGCGACCGACCUGUACGUAAUCCACCCUCACCUUACCUACCUACUUGUACAUAAACCCGUU